AUGUCUCGCGCUGGAUUAUGGGCAAAGACCAUCGCCGGUGGUCUUCUCAUGGUCAUCGGUGGCCCCGCACUCGUUGAGUACAUCCGACCAUCCGACGAAGAGCUCCGAAAGCGAUAUAACCCAGAUUUGCAGAAGCGCAGUGCCGAGCAGGGUGAGCGCAGGGCGCAGGAGUUCGAUGACUAUGUCACCAAGUUGAAGGAGUGGUCAAAGUCCGAUAAGUCCAUCUGGUACGCCGCCCAGGAGGAAUUAGAUGCUAAGCGAGCAGCAUUGGAGGCAAAGCGCACACAAGAGAAGGAACAAACGCGGACACAACGGGAAGAAAUGCGCAAGGAGAUGUUGGGUGAAAAAUGA